UACACCUGCUAGCUCUGCUGAAUCCUAACCUUUGCGAAUCUGCCUCCAAAGAAGAAUCCGGCUCGGUUUGGGCUAGUUGCACCUUUGCAUACUCAUUCUCCCAGCAUGCUCCAUCGAAUCAUCGUGACGCUCCCCGCGGCCGCCGUCAUCCUGUCACUCGCGUCAGGACAAAACCCAAAGUCCGAUGGCAGCUACGGCGAGGGAACCGCCUUCGGACCAUUUGGCGUGCCUCUCACACGGUACAACGAACUGCUGAACUCCCCCAACGCAACGAGCCAAUACCCGCUCUUGGGCCCCAACAUCUCGGCACCGUACCCAGGAUCCGGCAACAUCCUUAACGGGUGGUCGUGGGUCGUGUCCGUAGCGGCAGAUAUCCCCCUCUCAGAAAGCAACUCGACCACGGCCGACUGGUACCCCGACAACCACAACCACAACCACACCUUCACCGGGAGCCGUGUGGUGCUCCAACAAGCGCCAACCACGGGGCCUCCCGCACACGAAUCGUGGUUUGUCUGCGUCGUGAACUGGGACAUCGACCUCGCGACGUACCCCAGCAAGCUCCGUACCGACGACGGCAGCUGCUCGAGUGUGCUGAGUGAGCAGUGCAUCCGCGACACUGAGGCGAGCGUGCUGGAGGAGUAUAGACUGGGGCUCGGCGGCCCCAAUCCGUGCAAAUGCCCGUCGCUGACCGAGAUCGCGUCCUGCGAGGGGGAGCAGGCGAAGGCCUUGAUGUCGGGAGGAGGAUGUGCUGCUGGGCCGUUCAACGCAACCGCAAUCCGCAACUGGCCCGACGGCAAACUCGAUGUGCGCCAGUUCGGCGGCCCGCCGCACAAGGCGAGGAAUCUCACCGCGUAUAACGAAACGGGCAGUCUGGCUUGGCCUGUGUUGGCGGUGUGGGGUCCUUCGACAAAUAACACCAGAAAUAGCACAGGCCAGAUCGACUUCUCGGGCGCGGUAGCGAAGCUGUCUUGUGUGAGGGCCAAAGACGCUACUCCGGGGAGCAAAACGCCGGGUGGUGGGACCGUCAGUGUUGGCAACAGAGAGGCUGUUGUAUCUUCCACGAUUCUGGUCGCAAGCGUUGUGUGGGUAGGCAGCUGGGUUGCAUUUCUGUAAGCAUAUAAUAAGCAUGAACGCGAGCUUGAGAUCGCUGCUUAGGACCGUGCGAGUGGGAGGCCUGUUCGGGCAGAUUCAGUUACGGGAGGAUAACAAAGUCAUCCAAGAGUUCAACGCCCGCGGCCCGCUAAGAAACGCAGUUCGACGACACGUCCCACAGAGUUCGGAAAAGGCAGCUCUUGCCAGACUAGCUGCUAUAUAAUCUUCUGAUGUGUU